AUGUUGAGCAACAGGGAUCAAAAUUUACCUGAAGAUGUUGUGAAUGAGAUACUGUCAAGGCUGCCCAUGAAAUCCCUAUUGCGAUUCAAAUGUGCCUGCAGGGAGAUGGUGGGCUUGAGUGAAUUAGGGGGAGACGAGAGUUUCUUUACAUAUAAAAGUGAUACUUUAAAGAAUCAAAUCAAUUCGUCAUUGGGCAUUAUUCAUGAGACGACUCCACCAUAUUCACCUUCAUCUAAUGGCGUAGCUGAAGGAAAAAAUAGAAUGUUAAUUGACUUGACGAAUGUAUUUUCACCAACACAUGAAAAUCUUGAUCAUCUACAGAGCCCAGAAGAUAUAGGCAAUGUUGUUGGCCCCAUUGACGACAUAUUUUUGUUGUACAUUCCUGGGUAUUAUAGCAACAAUGACCGUAUGGCUCUGUGGAACCCUGCUAUGAGAGAGUUCAACCGCCUCCAUGUACUCGAACCUAUCUUUCUCCCGAAUUUUCAUGCCGUUACAAAUGUGGUUGGAUUUGGGUUGAACCCAUUGACUAGGGAUUACAAGAUUAUUUGGAUUCGUGACUUUGUUGAAACGAUUGGUGAUGAAACAUAUGAUCUAUAUUAUCCUUAUCAUGUUGCUGCAAUAUACACUCUAGGUAAAGAUUCGUGGAGACAUUUCGAUCUUCUUACAAUACCUAAAGACCGUACUAUCUAUAAUUCUUUGUGUGCCACAUGCAUAAAUGGAGCAUAUUAUUGGCUGUCUGGUUUGGAUUAUAGUGAACAUAGGAUCCUUUCAUUUGACAUGCAGCUGGAGGAAUUUAGAGAGAUAGAGGGGCUUGAUCAUCCUGAACCUAAAUGGAGGUUUCUUUCAUUGUACAACGAUUCUAUUGAUUUGUUCCUUUGUCAAACUGUGUGA